GCAAUGUCGUUGUAUCAGAAGAAGCAUUUUCUUGGACGGUUCGGGACCACCUUCCCCGGGCUAUCUUCUCUAUUUUUCUGGCGGACCUUUGUAUCACGAUGAUCGCACUUCCUUACCUCUUCUUUGUCUCUCUUGCGCUUCAUGGUGGUUUCNGUUGA